AUGGACGCGGACGUGGACAAGACGGGGGACCCGGUCUUGACACAAGACGAAAUUGAAGAGUACAGCCGAAUCAAAUGCUGCGUUUGCGGGGAGCGGGUGAAAGCCGAAGAGGUUGCAGAGCACUCAAGACGAUGUGUGCUGGAACCAGCCCCGAACCUGCGCCUGCAGUUGGAUAAGUGGACAAUCAUCUCGGCGAGCAUGACGCCCUCAGAGCAGAGAGCCUUCCUGCACAUGCGACGGACGGAGGAGCUUUCGAAAGUUGAGGAGAUUGAGGCAAGUUUGGCAAAGCGAAUGCCACAGCUUUGGUGGAUGGGCGGGAAGUUUGGCUACAUCAUUAGCUCGAAAUGGUGCCGAUCUUGGCGCAGCUUUGUUGGUGUAGGUCGUCCUACCAUGGAGACAAGAGAUAGGCCACCCUCACCGAUCAUCAACAGCGAUCUCUUUGACAUCGAUGGUACCCUACGGGCCGGCUUGCACGAGGGCCUUCAGAACGACUAUCAGGUCCUUGAGCAGGCGAUGUGGGAGUUCUUCAUCCAAGUGUACGGGGGUGGUCCUGCGAUCCUGAGAUACAAUCCGACGGGGGACGGCCUCAGCCUCGGAGAACCUCAAGCGUAUGAGGUUGCCUUUGAGGGAAAAUGGCGAGAUGGUCGACCCGACACGGGCCAUGGACGUAUUUUCGACCCCGUGAGCGGGCGUGGCUUCGACGGAGAGAUUGAAGACGGCUUUCUUUGGACUUGCAUGGGCAAAGGGCUUCUGAAGAACGGUAGCCAUUUUGAAGGUCAAGUCGUUCAAGGCUUGCCUCAAGGCCCAGGCAGGGAGGUUUGGCCAGAUGGGAGCGUCAUCGAGGGAACCUUCCAAGAUGGAAAGCUUCAUGGCGUGGGGCGCUUUGUUGAUGCACAUGGAAUGGCGCAAGAAGGUGAGUGGGAACACGGCGAGCUCCAAGGCAUCUAA